AUGUUUUUGAGGGGCUCGAUAGCACGUUUACGGCCUGAACAGGCCAAAGUGCGUUUUCAGCGGCCUUCAAGAAUUGCUCCUCUUCUAAUACGUUCAUUCUCGUCUGGGCAGCAAAUCCGGUUCAAGCAAACAUUUUUCAACCCGAACGAAGAACCAGACAAGAAUAAGGACAACAAGAAGAAAAAGAAGAAGGGACCUGAUCCCAGCAACCAGCCACAGGACUUCCUCAAGAACACUAAAUGGACGAACUGGAUCUUUCCUGGCCUGGUUAUCUCCCUGUUUUUGAAUAGCUACUCCGGUGGAGAAAGUAAUCAAAUGACAUUCCAAGACUUCAAAGUCAACUACCUCGAAAAGGGACUGGUCAAAUGUAUUACGGUGAUAAACAAUUCCUUUGUGGAGGCUGAGCUAGUCACUCAGCACCCUAGGAUAGUUGGAUUUACCAUAGGUUCGGUUGAGUUUUUCGAGAAGGAGUUAGACGAAAUACAAGAUAAGCUCGGCAUUCCAAACAACGAACGUAUUCCAGUGUCGUACAUUCGUCGCUCUAGCAUUUUCUCCUACAUUAUGCCGUUUGUGCCGACUUUGAUCUUGAUUGGUGGUACUUACUACCUUGCUAGGCAGUUACAAAAGCGAGCACCAAAUGGUAAAGGUGGCGGGCCUUUGAACAACAUCAUGGGCAUAGGAAAAUCCAAAGCUAGAUUGUUCAACCAGGAAACAGAUAUUACCGUCAAGUUUAAAGACGUUGCCGGAUGUGAUGAAGCAAAGGAAGAGAUAAUGGAAUUUGUCACUUUUCUUAAAGAGCCCAAAAAGUACGAGAAGCUGGGUGCCAAAAUUCCAAAGGGCGCCAUUCUAUCUGGGCCCCCAGGUACUGGAAAAACUCUGCUGGCUAAAGCCACAGCGGGAGAGGCUGGUGUUCCAUUUCUCUCGGUUUCCGGUUCCGAAUUUGUCGAGAUGUACGUCGGUGUUGGUGCUUCCAGAGUUCGCGAUCUGUUUUCUACAGCCAGAAAGCUAGCUCCUUGUAUCAUAUUUGUGGAUGAGAUUGAUGCCAUCGGUAAGUCAAGAGAAAGUGGACCAAUGGGUGCAAAUGACGAAAAAGAAGCGACGUUGAAUCAACUCCUAGUCGAAAUGGAUGGUUUUGAGGAUACUGACCACAUUGUUGUUCUUGCUGGUACUAACAGGGCCGAUAUAUUGGACAAAGCUUUGACUAGACCAGGCAGAUUUGAUAGACAUAUCAGCAUUGAUAGACCAGACAUCGAGGGAAGAAAGGCAAUUUACAAGGUUCACUUGAAGCCGCUCAAGCUUGAGCAUCCUGUCACGGACGAAUUUGCGGGAAGACUGGCUGCUUUGACUCCAGGAUUCUCGGGAGCCGACAUUUCGAAUUGUUGUAACGAGGCUGCAUUAAUUGCAGCAAGAGAGGACGCUGACGUGGUCAAGCUGGUUCAUUUCGAAAAGGCAAUUGAGAGAGUGAUUGCAGGUCUUGAGAGAAAAAGCAGAGUGUUGUCACCAGAAGAGAAAAAAACAGUUGCCUACCAUGAAGCAGGUCACGCCAUAUGUGGAUGGUAUUUGCAGUAUGCUGACCCGUUGCUUAAGGUUUCUAUUAUUCCUCGUGGUCAGGGAGCUCUUGGAUAUGCGCAAUAUCUUCCUGGUGACGAGUAUCUCAUUUCCCAAGAGCAGUUCGAGCACAGAAUGAUCAUGGCACUUGGCGGACGAGUGUCAGAGGAGCUCAAUUUUGAUGACAUUACCACUGGUGCUGCUGACGAUUUCAAGAAAGUUACCCAGAUGGCAAACAUGAUGAUUCUUCGUUUGGGAAUGUCGAAAAAAUUAGGCACGAUCACUUUUGAAACGAACAGUCAACAACCACGGGUUCACAAACUUUUCAGUGAAGAGACUUUUGAGCUCAUCGAUAACGAAGUCAAGAGAGUUAUAAAUGAGGCUUACGAAAAGUGCAGGAAGCUUCUGACUGAAAAAAUAGAUGAAGUAGAGAAAGUGGCCCAGGAGUUGCUCGCCAAAGAAGUGCUGACUAGAGACGAUAUGAUCCGACUUUUGGGGCCUCGCCCAUUCGAGGAAAAGAAUGAUGCUUUCAAGAAGUACCUGUUGCCUCCCAAUGAGCAGCAGAAUCGUCCCGAGGAAGGUGCUCAAGCAGCAUGA